GAGAGUUGAAAGCUGUUUAGGAUUUCCUGCAAAUCGCCAGUGAGGUUUUUGGUGCUUUCGCUUGAAUAUUUAUCGCCUUUCUACAGGCUAUUUAACCAUAAGCUUAUGAAACGUUCAGGAAAAUGAUGGAUAUUGACGCCAUGGACAUGGAUAAUAAGAUUAAGGGAGCUCACUUGAGAGGGACAAAGUAUACUGUUUCUCAGGAUGGUUUGUGUCCUCGCUGUGGGAAUUCAAACAGGCUCUAUGUCAUACUGGAUAAAUUGUUUCCUAUGGGGGAUAUGCCUGAAAUUCUUCACACCCUCAUAGCCAAAGGAAGAGCUGUUCUGUGGUCAAGUCAAGAAAAAGAAGGAUAUAAGGAUCCACCCACUUUCCUAUGCCGAGGGUUCUGCCCCCCUGAUCCUUUGGGUGCUGGAUUUAAUGUGAACUGGAGCAAUGUUUCCUUGAGUCAGAUUUUGGAGUCUCUAGACAGGCCAUUGCAGAAGGCAUUAAAACCUGUAUCAGGCCCAGAUGAGAGUGGCUUUCAAGGUUCCAGUCAGGGUGAAUCAUCAGAUAAUGCUUUACAUGUUUUGGAUGAUUUUCAAGGCCAAAAACGGCAUGAUAAAGGAAAUGCUUCUCAAACCUCAACAAUGCAAAGUUCGUCAGACAAAGAGGAAGAAAUUGAAGAAGAUGAUGAUGAUGAUGAUGAUGAUGAUGAUGAUGAUGAUGAUGAUGAUAUUGAUGAAGAAGAACUCAUCAAACAGAUGCUUGCUAAAGAAGAGCUAAAACUGUCUCAACAGAGCAACACUGAAGAUGCGGAUGAGGAGGAAAAUGCAGAUCAUGAGGAUGAUAAUGAACAAAAAGAAGCUUCUUCUGUUGUGUUCAAUUCGGACAAAGUUUCAGAACCAAGUACAUCAUCAAACAAUUUGAUAAGUAGCUCAGUCAUCACUGUGACAGCAUCAACAGCCCCCACAAUAUCCUCUGCAACAACAAGUAACACAGCACCAUCAACAGAAGCUAGCAGCUACCCUGUGUCAUCCAAUGGGCGUUGCCCAUACUGUGACUCAUCAGAUGUUAAAUAUAUCAUUAUAGUGUCAGAAAACACCAAAGAUGGCGAUCUACCACAAAGUCUUCAGAAGUUGCUCAAAAGAAAGCAGGCUUUUAAAAUGGCUAAAGGUGAUAGCCAACCACCAUCUUUCCAGUGCCAGAAAUGUCAGUAUGGUUUCAACCUGAACUGGUCCACUACAAACCUUGAAUUCAUCUUUGGACUGCCAGCUUCAACAUCUUAAUCCACCGUAGCCACAACAGUUACACCUGCCUCAAACAAAUUCACCAAACAAACCACUGUACCUUACAAACAACCUACUGGAAACCCAUCUUACCCUCCCCCUGUGGGGCUUCAUCCAACAAGGUACCUACCACCUAUUGGGGUUCCUCCACCAGUUCCUUACCAUGGCUACACACCAGCACAUCCUAGUUAUUAUGGAUCUUGCUAUCCCCCUCCUUCUGUUCCACCACCUGUUGGGACCUAUCGUUCUUUCCCACCGACUGCACCACUACCAAUAAUCCCCCCUCCUGGUAUUUCACCCCCGGGGGUAUUUCCACCUGGUGUUCCACCCACAGGGAUACUACCUCUUGGAAUUCCCCCACCUAGGAUACCACCUCCAAUUAUACCACUCCCUGGGAUGCUUCGUACCAUUGCACCCCCUGGGAUACCCCCUCCAGGCUAUCCCCCACCAGCCAUUACUCCAGUCCCCUCUGCAGGUGCAUGGGGAAACUACCCAUACCAUACUCCUUCCCGUUACCCACCCCCCCCAUCUACAAGGUAUGGUCCAACUCCUGUUGCAAGUCCUCGUCAUCUACCACCAACACAAGUCAGACCGCUAGUGCCCUGGCAGCAACUUCCAGUGAGUGCAGCAAAAUCAGUUCCAGCCCAACAGGAUCCGAGUUCCAAGCAAGAUACUGCAGAGGAUAAUAGUAAAGUAGCAGCUGCCCGAUUUGAGAUGGUCUUGAACCAGAUUGACCGAGCAAAAGCCCGUGUUCGUAACGAGAAAGAACACCAGAAGAAAGAGAUUCCGAAAGAAGAUCCAACAGGCAGUCAGGAGUAUGUAGCAGAGCCUAAUGCACUCACAGAUGAAGGACAGCAGAUGGCUGAAUAUGACGAAAAGCCUCCAGGUGAAGAUGACACAGGUUUUGAAUGUAGAGUCAUCAUUACUGCAUCUGAAGACAAUAACUUAUUUGUUCAUGAAGAAGUGGACACCUCUACCGCUGAACAGUCCGUGGCAGCAUCACAAGAGACCCCAAGUGAUGGUGAAAAAUCCGGAAUUGAAGGACAGCAAGAUGACCAGGAUAAUGGCCAGUUGUUGGAGAGUGGCGAGACUGAAAACAACUCUACCAGCGGUAUCAAUAAUGAGGAUGCUGGUGGUAUUUUGCCAGAAACGGUGGAUGCAGCCGCUAAAGAAACAGUUCUUACCAAAAUUGUACGUUCUAUACCCUCUGAAAAAGAGGAAGUGUUACCCGGUAUGCAACCUGCUCCUGGCAAACGUACCCGGCAAACUCGGAGGUCCAUGAGACACGAAUCAGCUACCUCAACGGAGGAUACCGAUUCUACAGCAACCAUGGAAGAAACUCGUGCAGUUCCAGGAAGGGCGAGAAGGUCCCGAAUGAGUGGAGCACCAAGAAGGAUGGUGGAGAACCUGGACAUUCAAGAUAUUCAUGAUAAAGAGUUUUGUGGAGGAGUGGAAGUGAGCGACGUUGAAAUGGCUGGAUCAUCAGAGAAACUGAGUCAGAGCAGUGCUGCUCCGGAAACUGAAAGUGACUCCGAGGAACGGCUAAGUGAAAGUUUAGUUUCUUCUUCAGAGACAGAGACUGCCCCAGCAGGUCCACGGCGAGGUAGGAUGGGACGGGGAAGAAAACGAAAACAGGAAAGCACUGAAAUGGAAGAAGUGGUCCCUCAGCCACCGACGAGAAAGACGCGAAGGAGAGCUGCAGAGACGGAAGGUUCAUUGUUCAAGGAGAGGGUCAGUGAAGGCGACGAGAAUGCUGAGGACGAGAAAAUGUCCUUGGAGACUCCUGUUGUCGUGAGCCAGGAGGAGGAAAAAGAAGUGGUUUCUGAAGGUCCUAAGAUAGAAACCUCGGAAAGCUCUCCUAUGGAUGCAAUCGUCGAAGGAACUGCAACUGAAACAGAAGGAAACGCGACGUCUAGCAUACGCACCGACAGACGACAAACACGGAAAAAUGUGCAAAAAUCACAAGAACCAGAGGUAAGCACAACGACUCGCCAAGUAGAAGAAUCUUCUGCUGAGACAAUGGAAGAGGAUGAAGCAAUGGACGUCGGCAGAAACCGUAGAAGUCGUGGUAGGUCAGAUCCAAGAAAUAUCUCACAGCGAACAAAGAAAUCUUCCGUCAAGAGACAAACACGGACGUCCCUCCAGCCGACCUCACAAGACUCUGACAUGACGAACACCGAGCAUGUUUUCCUCAACGAUAAAGCGAUAGAACGUGACAGUCCAGGGGAUGAGGAAAAACCCACGAACGACCAGUCGUCGGAUGACCAGAAGAACGUCGAAGCAACCGAAGAGAAGACUACUCGCCGAACGAGGGCUGCUCGGAAAUCUUCGGCAUCAACCGAAGAUACUUCGGCUAAUACACGCAUAAACGUGCUCUCAUCUCCGAAAUCCGACAGUUUGACAACAGAAGAGGUCGCUGGUAGCUGUCAAACAAAAUCCCACAAUACCCCAGAGUUACUUAAGGUUAAAACACCGAACUCUGACACAUCUAACAGCGAAGAAGCUGAAAAGACACCCAAAACUCGAAAAUCACGGAAAUCUUUGGACGUAAAAGAAGAAACUCCAACGGAAGAGGUUCAGAUGUCCAUCAACUCCGUCACCGCUAAGGGCAGCGUUUCCUCUCGUCAUUCACAAAGAAAGAAACUCACGUCUUCACUUCAAGAGGCUACUGCAUUGUCGCAGGAUUCUAUGGUCAAUUCGGUGGGCGAGGAACACAUUGAAGGUAAAGCAUCUUCAGCACUCCCCAAAAAGGUUUCUCGAAAAAAAGCUGCCCCUGUGGAAUCAGCAGAGACUGUCACUAAAAGAGUUACUAGAAGUCGACAGAAAAAGUGAUGAAGUCUGGAAACGUCCCAGGCUGGUUGUUACUAGUCAUCUUGUUGUGUUGUUGUUGAAUACAUUCGACUGAGGAGUAUUCUAUAAUUACGUAAACCCUUACUGGAGAUAUACAUAGUUGAGAAACGGGCUCCUAUUUCCCUAUACAAUUUGCGUGAAUGAGUUAUUCGUGAAAUUUAUAAAACCAUGAAAUGCUGAUGUUACUGCUCUUUAUUUCGGUGAUGAAAACAGAUGUGGUAUGUGAAUUACUAGUUGCAAACCUUUGGACAAAAACUUUAUCGUUACAGCAUUUUGAUAUACACAAGUAUGGGGCAAAAGGUAUUUUGAACCAGAGUAUUCCCUUGCGGGAACACAGGUGAAAGUAGGUAACAAAAGCAAGGCAUGGGUAUUGUAUGUUAUAGAUCUUUUCUGAGAACAGAAGAGAAAAAUCUUAUAUCCUGAGUUUGCAAUAACGGGAUGAUUCACUUUAGGGUUAACCGUAAUGAGGUAAUUAAGUUUAACUUGUCUUUUGGAACCGAACUUUCAGAAGAGAAGGUGUUGUAAUAGCCCAGUCCCGAAUUACUUUUAGCCUCUUUUUCAAAGCGAGUCCAGGUGCACAUUCUUCCAUAUGGUGAUAAGUGUUAAUUCACAUGCAAAUUAAACUUAUUUUCAUUCACGUGCAAAUCAAACUCAUUUUCAUAACAGUGGUCGAGCACCAGGCCUCGUUUUGGAAAAGAGGCCAAAGGUGGUCUAACGUAAAAACCAGUUGUGAUAUGCCGCAUUACAGUGGAAUCCCGAUUUCUUAAGUCUUUCAAUGGUCACUGGUAGGUGUCAAACCUCACUAAAAGCAACUUCCAGCGUCA